AAUCAUGAUGUAUCCAAGGCUUGUGUUGAUGGCUUUGGUUUUCGUGACGUUAAUCGGACCUGCUGAUGCUGAACAAAUAAAAGCUCCAGACGAGUGUGUUGGUAAAGCGGAUGGAUCAGACUACAGGGGAACUGUAUCUGUCACAGUAUCAGGACACGUCUGCCAGAGAUGGGACUCUCAAUCACCUAAUAAACACAGCAGAACUGCUGAGAGAUACUCUGAUUCAGGACUGCAAGAGAACUAUUGCAGAAAUCCAGACGGUGAAUCAGGCGCCUGGUGUUAUAAUGCUGAGGGAACUGUGCCUCGAUGGGAGUAUUGUGAUAUACCUACAUGCAGUGUUGAAAGUGAUUGUCACGACGAUGCUGCUGAUUGCAUUCAAUGGGCUUCUUUGGGGCAUUGUGACACAGGAGAUUACAUUCUGUACAUGAAAGAGAACUGUAAAAGAAGCUGCAAUAUUUGCACAAAAGUGUAUUGUCCUCCACUCUCAGUGGAACAUGGAUUUCUAAGUCCGGGUGGUGAAGUCCCCGCAGGAGUUUCAGUCACGAUAUUCUGUGAUGUAGGAUACAGACUUGAUUCAGAAUCAAAUACCACUGCUAAAUGCACGGAGUCAGCUGUUUACAGUCACAAAAUAGAUUCGUCGACAACAUGCAUCCAAAUUACAAAAGAGCGCCGCGAAAAGUUUGCCAAUUUUGAAUUAAAGGAAUACAACUAUUCGGACAUUCAUAGAAAGCAAAUCUUUACAACUGAUAUGGUGUUGGAAGUUUCCUCGACCUUCUACAUUCAUGCUCUAUUCACUGGAGAUUAUGGAAAAGGAUGUGGAUUCACAUUUAACCUUGUGGACAACGAUGACUACAGCAUGUAUCAUCUCGACUUUCGACUUCACAAUAAAAACAGAUACAGAAAGCUAAUUGUAUCUUCGAAAAUAAGCAAAUAUCAAUGGGCAGAAGGAUUUGAAGCAAACUUGCCUGAUUUAACGAGAGAAAACGAGAUAUAUGUGCUGGUAACUGAAAAGUAUUAUGUACUGACUAUCAACAGAAAAGAGAUAGAGCAGAAAUUUAAGGUCGACCUGAAUAGAUUACGAAAAUACAAAGGGAUGAUGAUAAAAUACUAUGGAAAGUGCAUGCAUAUUCUUACAAAUAGAAGUUACAUGACAAACGGAGGGGGAUUUCUAUUCAGCUUAAUAGAUAAGCACAAUAAAAAUAUAAGAUUAGGACAAAAUGCCGGUCUUCUUGUUGCAAACCGAGCUGGAUACUCCAAGGCUGGAGUAGUUUGCGGACAGAACUUCAAUGACAAAUCAGCUAAUCUGAUUUGUCAAGAAAUGGGAUACAGAGGAGCUGAAAACUGGACAAUAGGUCAAAAUUGGAACGUACAAAAACAUUACGAAACAAUGUUGUCUGAAGUGGUUUGUGACGAAGAUAACGAAACGUUCAGAGAAUGUGCUUAUAAAACCCUGAACGCAUCUGUUUGCAAUCAUCAUCAAGACGUAUUCCUGACUUGCUUUUCAAACAAAGAUACCUGUAAGAUUUCACAACACAACAGCUUCUUGAAAAACAUCUGCACAGACUACAAUGGAAAUAAAUACUUCCAAUGUCUGGAGUCUGAGACGUUUUACAGUAUCGAAGCAGCUUUGCCUGGAUGGAGUAAGUUUAGUGAGUUGUGUGAAAAUGAUCCUAAGUUCUAUCAAACAUGUGGUGCAGGACACAAUGAAGAGCUGAAGUCCGAUGACAACUUCUUUUGCGGGUACUAUAUCUGCCAAGAGAAGAAUGGAAUAUUCACCAGUGGAUACAAGGCUGACAUUUCUUACUCGUGCAACAAGGAGAGCGAGUGUGUUAACACUGACUUGGACGAAGCUAACUGCACGCAAUACAGUGGGACAAAUUUAACUCGAUCAAAAAUAUGUGAUGGAUAUUGUGACAUAGAAUACUGUGAGGAUGAAUUAGAAUGCAAUGGAUACCGCUAUGGAAUAAACUGCGGAGAUCACUAUUGUCCUCCUAAUCUGGUGGGACUGGAGGAUCAUCAGAAUACCGCUUCAUUGACAAAGAAUAUGACAACUUUUGGCGCAUUUAGGGAAAUAUUUGAAACUAAUCUUACCAUUCAUAGUUGCAAUCACUUUCUCAAACCAUACUCGAUUUCGGAUGUCAUCGGGCUGGAAGAUGAAUCCCCACUCCCAGUCCCUAUUCUGAACUACACCAGAUGCAGCCCCUUCAAGUAUACACAAGCAGCUAUUGACAAAGCUUUCUGGUUAAAUCAAACAUACAGUCCAUAUUGUGAAGACUAUCUAGAUCAAACAAACUGUUCCGACCCCUCCAAAGUUGGUUUAUCUUGCAGAGUCAAUGGAUAUCAGGCGACCGUUUCGGAACAAAUGUUGUGUCAUGGAAUAAAAGAUAUGAGCCUAUGUAGUGAUGGAAUAGAAAAUGUGUGCGUUGAUCUUUCAUCCACAUGUAGCAAUAUACACAAACAUAAAAUGUGUGACAAUACUUCAGACUGUUAUGAUGAAAGUGAUGAAGAAAACAUCAUCUGCUCGCUACUCACUGAGGAUACUUGUCGUCGACGAGUUGGUGACAAAGAUUUGAAAAUACCACUUGCCUGGUUAAAAGAUGGCGUAAAAGAUUGUAAAGAUGGGGAAGACGAACUGAACGAAUGGCCAACUUGUGGAAUGGGCGAAACUGUUCGUUUUGUGACCCAUAGCGAUAUAAAAUCUUGUACAGAUGACUACAUCUGCUUACAUGGAGACAAAAAGUUCAUCGGAAUGGAUGAAUUCUGUGACGGAGUAGAUACAUGUGGAAAUGAAAAUGCUGUAUGCAAACUAUCGCGAGACAAGCCUGAUGUUCAUGGAAUGCAUGCUACGAUGUCAUCAACAGAUACCGUCCAAAUAUCUUAUUGUCUUAAAGGACUAACGACAUUGGAAAAGCUCGCCUCAAAAUGUAAUCCAAGGAAUUUUAACUAUCCAAAGGGGAAUGUUUUUGGGUUGACGGAAAGAAAAAAGUUAUUUCUGCCCAAAAGUAUAUUCAACUGCGAAUAUUUGCAUGGAGAACUGUACAUUUACAUGAGUUGUGAAGGGAAAUGCAGUAAUGAUGCCAAAUGUCCACUGGUAAAGCCAGUCAGUCAUGAUUCCUGUCCGGGACAGUUUCCCGAUCGAGUUUAUACGGUAGUCGAUAAUGAUCAACUGACAUUUUUGAUAAACACUGAAGAAUCGUACAGCAGUGAUAUAUUCGUAUGUGAAAACAAUCGUUGUGUGACCUUUGACAAAGUCUGUGACCUAGUUGAUGACUGUGGAGAUGGAAGUGAUGAAAUAUUGUGCACGAAUCAUUUUCGAUGUAAAGAUAGUAAAGCUAGCCUGAUCGCAAUGACGCAGCAGUGUGAUGGAGUAUUUGACUGCAUGGACCUUUCUGAUGAGUGUAAUGAACGCUGUGGCAAAAACAUUAUCGAAGAUAAAAUUCUUAAGGGGGUUUCAUGGGCGAUUGGAAUCUUGGCAGUCAUUCUAAACUGUGUAGUUUUGAUUCAAAGCAUAACUGCCUUUAAAAAGUGUUCUACAGCUAUGUCAUUGCUCAAUAAACUCCUCAUCAUGCUUAUAAGCCUGGGGGAUUUCCUAGUCGGAGGAUACCUGCUAACAAUUUCUGUUGUUGAUCAUGUCAAGGGUGACCAGUAUUGCCAAACUCAAAAGGCCUGGUUGACAAGCACAUCUUGCUCGGUGCUAGGUGUUGUCAGCACUGUUGGUUCCCAGUUCUCUCUCUUCUCGAUGACUAUACUGAGCAUUGCUAGAAUGUACGGAAUCAAGAAUGCAAUGAAAUUGGGUGGUCACUUGUCAAAGAUUGGCGUGCUCAAAAACAUUGUCAUCAUCCUCACAGUUAUUAUUGCAUCUUUUGCAAUAGCAAUGAUUCCGCUCCACCCUUCCUUGGGUGACUACUUUGUGAAUGGCUUAUCAUACAGCACUAAUAUUCCGCUUUUUGCUGGCUUUCCUGACAAAAAUAAACACAAAAGUGUGCUUAAGGCUUACUAUGGGAGAAUGAAAGAUCGGGAUCUUUCUUGGAAAGUGAUAAUCGAUCUAAUGAACAGUAUGUUUACGUCGAAUUAUGGUGGACUUACUCAUACAGAAGCCGGUUUCUAUGGCAACGACGGUGUCUGCCUUUUUAAAUACUUCGUUGGAGCUGAUGAUCCGCAAAAACGGUAUGUUUGGGCUAUAUUGAUGAUCAACUGCGUUUGCUUCAUGGUGAUAUCACUGUCAUACAUUGUUAUUGCUGUGACAUCAACCAGAUCUUCCAAAAGUCUUACAAAGAACAAAUCAAACACUAUGGUCAGGCACAGAAACCGGAAAAUGAACCGCAAAGUAGCAAUCAUCAUCUUCACUGACUUUUGCUGUUGGAUACCUUUUAUUGGUACGUGUGCUCUGCACACUAUUGGUGUUAUAGACGCCAGCCCAUGGUAUGCUCUGUUUUCAAUUUUGGUGCUGCCAAUCAAUUCAGUGAUAAACCCCCUGCUGUACGACAACACCUUGACAACAAAAGUCUCUGCUAGUGUGAAAAGUGUGUCACGAUCUGGAAAAUCUUGGGCAACACUUACAUCGCUUAACUUAAAAAAAGUAGAUAAUGAUGAAAAAGUACCAAAUGCUGGUUGCAUCACAGCAGAGGAGCUCCCAGGCCCUUCAAAUAAACCGAAUAAUAUGGAGAUGGCUCGAAGGGCAUGUAAAAACUUCCAGGGUAUUGCCGAAGAAAGUAAACAGACUCCGGGUAAACGCACCAAAGACAUAUCUGAUGUUUAAUUAAGUGGGAUGAGUCCUCUGCGAUCUCAUUUGAUCUAUGCAUCCAUUCACAUUUGAUCCAUUUGGUUUUGGUAUGCUUUACAGAUUACAAAGAUACGCUUUCACUUUGGGUGGGGGUGGGGGGAGCCAUUUUUGAGGAAAGGAAUUUGCAAUAUGACAUUUGUGGUGAAAUUCAACAGGAAUACGCAGAGACUUGGUGGAUUGAACUCUUAUUUCAUUUUAUAUUGUUUUGUGAUUGGUUCUGUCACUAUACCUUUUUCUUUGGGAUUGAAAUGCACAAAAUCGCUGCAUAUUUUGAUUUUUAUUUAUUGAAAAGGAUUUAACAAUUUGUAGGCAAUCAAAAAUGGCAAAUAUUGUCGAAUCCAUAUCUUUAAAAUCUUUC